CAGAGACAACUCGGAGCGUGAUUGACAACACGUAAGAUGUCAGAAGAUUUCACCGUCCUGAGAGAUUUACAAACACAUUUACGAACGGCUCAAGUGCCAUUCGAGCAGCUUUCAACUUUAGCACAACAAGGAGAUGAUUUGCACUGGACACUGCCUGGGGUGGACUAUAAGCUGGUAGAGAAAUUUCUGACAGAGAACAUAAGACUACAGGGAUCUGGACCAGAAGUUCUACAAAGCCAGCUGUAUAUAUCAUGCUUUUGGGGAAUGAGAGAUAUUGUUCAGCAACUUUUAUCAAAAGGAGUAGAUGUUAACUUUAAAAACAAGGGAACCCUCUGGACCCCACUUCAUGCUGCCACAUUUCAAGAACAUGGACCUGUUGUCAUGGUGCUUUUAGAAAAUGGUGCCAAUCCAGAAAUUCCAGAUUCAGAGGGCAGAACUCCCAAGGACUUUGCCUCAGCUUCAGACAAAAUCUGGCCACACUUUGCUGCCUUGGGACUAGAAAGGACACCAAGAUGGGAAUUAAUCGAGAAAAGUGUCAUUAAAAAGAUUCAUGGAGGUCCAGCUGUACACGACAGUCAACCAAGAAGAAGUAUCAAAAUGGCUUCAGACAGUCGCCCUGAAUCUGCAUACGCUUACAACAGUGAUCCCUUUAUCCACGCCGCUGUGACGGGGGACGUCCUGGCGGACCAAGAGGAGGCUACAACUAACUCAAAGGACCAGCCCCAGUUCUCCAUGUGGAGGUGAUAAACGUAAUUAUAGUUAUCUUAUUGUGAACUUUGACCUCAUGCUGUUUGUUACCUCGCUGUUUUAGUGUGAAAUACAUGUGACUGUAGAA